AUGGCGCGACCAUUAGCCUUUCGAAACAGAGCCUUUCAUCCCAUCAGCAACUCCGGUCCCGCAACGUCGUUGCUGCGAGAUGUCGCUCCAGAGCACUCUGUCAACAUAUUGGCCCUGGGAUGCGGUGACAUACGCAACGUUCUGUACACCAUUUACUCUGAAUCGAAGAAUCUGAACCGCAAGUUGGAUUUUACCUUUUGUGACAUUGAGCCAGCGGUGCUGAGUAAGACGUCUCAACUCGCGCCAGCAUUUCUGAAGUAUUUCACAGCGCGCAACAUCAUAUUGCUCACGAUGAUACUCGAUAACGUCGACAUCGACACCAUCUGGAAUCUCUUUCUUCAUAUCUACAUCGACCACAAAACCCUUGAUGGCCUCGUGUUGCAUUGUAACAAGUUGUUGCAACUCAGUACCCACAACGACUGGGCUGCCUCGGACUACGGCAAGAGCAUUCACAUCGGCUCUGAGCACACGUUCGAUGAAUUCCGCGUCCACUUGGUGUUGUACACUCAGAUGAACAGUCUUCCGGUCACUCGUCUUGCGGCGCUGAAGGCUGACUUCAAGAAGCUUUCGCACUCGGAAGCGGCUGUUUUUCUCCAAACAGCUACCCUAUAUCCGAGGGAGGUUUCAGACGUCUGUUACGAUUUAUUCAAGGCAUACUGGAAAGUGGGCACAACCUUCGCCGAUAUCACGGACAUCUCUGAAGCGACGCUACUUAAUCCAACAUUUGUUUACUCAGCGGCAGGCCAGGCUGCUCAGAUCCAUCGCACAACCAACCCAGCUUCACCAUUUCACUUCACAGAAUUAUUCGUCAAGGGUCAAACCACUGCUCAUGAGAUGUAUGAGAUGGCCAAGGCUCAACUCGCCACCUGGAGCUCUGCAUUUCGUGUUGCUAUCCAAUCUCAUGGUUCGUCGCUGGUUAUUCGCUUCAUUGCCAGCGACGCAUUGGCUCUUUGUCGUACCAUAGCGUCAGGACAUAGCUCCAUAUCGCUUCCCGUUUCCCAAUGGUGCUCCAGAGUCGUCCAAGUCGAUCAAGACCUUCCUUUGUCAUUUCACGUGAUUGACACAUCCAGUAUCUCAGACCGCAUAGGGAUCCUCAACAUUCUUGCUGUUACAGCUCCGCUUCUUGCGAGUGACGGUGCGCUUUAUACCGAGACAGCCAUCCCUCUGGCGGUGGAUAGGAAAAAGCCCAAGCCCAAGCUCGCUAAGGAGUUUCUCGAACAACUUCAUGGCGACGUCGAUACCAUCUCUUUUUUGUUCGGAGUGUAUCCGGUUGAUUAUCUAGCGGGGUAUGCCUCGCGAAGCUUCACCAUCUCAGGCAGAGGAUUUUGCCAAUCAGUAACCUGGAAACGGCCCGCGUCGGUCGAUUCCACCGCCCGUUCCGUCACGAUCGCUUGGGAUGAAUGCGAGCUGGGGCGGUUGCUGUUUGCGCUGUACAAGCGCGUUUUCUCCGUUGAAGAUGUCAUUCAGUGGACGACUUUGAGCAUGAAUCGCGACGCAUUCAACAAGUCCCUCAAGCUGGGCAAUCACCUCCCCUACACGCGCGAGAGCUUCGUGGUGAUACUCCGCUCUAUUCGCCACAAUUUCCACAUCCAAGACGUCGCGUGGAGGCAGGUCAUGGACGAGUUCCUGGCCCGGCCGCGCGCGUUUGGAUUCGACAAUGCAUUCACUAACGAAAUUGUCGCGCUCCUUCAUAUCAAUGGCCUUUACUCCCCCGCAGCUCUUGAAACGACCACACUCCGAGUCAGACCGUUCGCUGCCUGGACGGAAGUCCCGCCAGUGGUCAAAAUAUAUCUUGUCGUUCCCCUCGAAAAAGUCCAAAUCGUCCGUGAACUCGCUGAAAAUACCGAGGACCCUGUCUUCCAGUGCCGAAUGCAUGACGGAGCGUCAACACGCUUGUUCAAUUCGGUAGACGCAUUCUUCGGCACCCUCGUAAACAUUGGCACAGAGAGUCGGCCCAGGGUAGUCCCCCAACCUGGGCCAUUCUGCUCAUCACCGUUCGUGCUGUCAUUCCUUACCUGUGCCGCAGACCUUACUCGCAACAACUUGCACGUGUCGUUCAAUGUCCGGCAGACUUUUGGAUCGCUGGAGUACUCCUUCAAUCUCUUGGGCCCACAUCAAGAGAUAUUUUCUGCGAGUCUUCUGGAUACACGAUAUGUCCAUAUUGUGCCCCAUGACAUUUCGCUGCCCCGCAUGGACAACUUGCUACCCUCUACGACUACGCAGAUCACUCGCCCUGUGUUGGAUGACAAGUGCGAGUCAUUGCGAGGUUUGUCGAGCAAAAUUCAGAUUAUCGACGGUGAUGCCGCGGUACACCAAACUUCUCCGUGUUCGCUGCAGGUCUCUGUUGCAAGCCAUUCAUAUUCUGUCCAUUUUCCGAUUCCUGUGCGUGGAUUGUUCGCCCAGGUCACCAAAGGACGAGAUUUGGAGCUGUUUGUGCCACCUUCUCGCGCUCUGCCGGACUCCGGUCUGCAUGGAAAUCCCUUCCCGACCGCGGGGCACCAGUCUGGCGUUCACUCCUGGAACCUCACGCGCCUCAAUUUGGCGCAAUGUCCGAUUAUAUCAAAUCCAGACUCGUCAUGGUGCGAAAAGAGACUCGGGAUGAUAUCACAGCGCGAGGCGACUCUACAUCGUGGCAAUGACCCCACCGCGCUUAGCAUGACCAAAAGCAUACUUGGGCUCGUCCUUUCAAGCGUCAGCGGCGUGUAUCCGACCAACGGCAAUAGGAUCUUCGAGUUGUCGGAGAAAGAAGCCGAAGCGAAUCAAGAAGCCGACACAACCGAAGAAAUCGAAACAGACGAAGAAUCUGAAACAGACGAAGAAUCCGAAACAGACAAAGAAUCCGAAACAGACGAAGAAUCCGACCCGGAAGAGGAAGCCGAGUCAGACGGGGAAUCCGAAACAGACCAUCCCAGCCUCGUCCUGUUUGUCGACGGACUGAAGCUUGACCUCCCAUCGGACAGCUUUUUUGCAGACGUGUAUGCCUUGGAUGUGAUCCAACCAGAAGCGUUAGCGGCGUACAACGAGCUCAAGGCGACGACACUGUCAAACAUCACCCCUUUAUGUCUCAACACAAGCAAUGUGGCCGCGUGGAGGCAGAUGGUUUCCGCCCUGGCUGAAUGCUCUCGCUCGUGGGCCCACCUCCCAUCCUGUGCUGCCAACGAAUUAUGCAAUUGCGGACAAGGCCAGGAUGUUGCGGCGGUGAAAGAGCAUUCGGAAUGGGCCCCGCUCGCGCCAUUCCUCACGAGAGUCGCGCUCACGCCGCUGUUCCCUGUGCCGCUUUUGGAAGUGAUGGAGAGCUGUGCAGUUUGCGAAGAGGGCGGCAAACCCAAUCUCCUCCGCUGCUCCCGCUGCACGCGUGUUUAUUACUGCUCGCAGGAGUGUCAACGCAAGGACUGGAAGGAGCACAAGCCCAGUUGCAAGGUGUAG